AUGGGACCAUGGCCAGCGGGUCUCGGUGCAGAUGAUUGGUUUAUUUUGGCAUCUCUGAUCGUCACCUGGGCGAUGGUUGCCAUUCGUUGGCAUCAGAUCCUUGUCGACCACUAUGGUUUCCACGCAGACGAGCUUUCGGCUGCCACCCUGAUCGACUUCCAAAAGUCGUUCCUGGCUUGCCAGGAGGUGUACUUCCUCGACGCCCUCCUUAUUAAAUCGUCCCUUUUGUACAUGUACUACCGCAUAUUUGGCAUCUCUCAACGAUUCACGAAAAUUCUCUGGGCGACGUGGUCGCUUGUUGUCACGUACUUCAUCACUUGUGUCAUCUUGUCCAUUUUUAGCUGCCAUCCGGUUUCGCUUUUAUGGGACAGAAGCCAGCCAGGCAACUGUAUCGACGAGGUCAAUUUCUUCCGAUCGAAUGGCAUUGUGAACAUGCUGCUGGACGUGAUAGUAUUCUGUUUGCCGCUCCCGAUGGUUUGGAGAUUGCAUAUGGGAUUCCGGCAAAGACUGGUCUCGACGGGUAUCUUCUUGCUCGGUGGAUUCGUUUGUGUUGUCUCUAUCCUUCGGAUCAUCACUUUUGACCAUAUGAACCCAACCGAUUUCACCUAUACGAACGUUCACACAGGAAUCUGGUCAUUGGUCGAACAAUCGACGGCGAUAUUGUGCGCCUGUUUACCUACUUUGAAACCAUUGCUGCGAAGAGUGCCGCCUACAAUUGGUAGAUUGGUCCCUUUCAUUAACACGAGUGUAAAAUUAGGAUGUUUAGACACCCAGAAUCAAUCGCGACGAGACGGGGGGGCGGGGGGGUUCUCGUAA